CCAAAACCUAGGCAAGCCUUAACUUUGAAGUCUUUCACUUUUGUUUGUGUCUUUAUGACUUACUAUUCGUUUCCACCACCGGCAACCUGCUCAACCCAGCUACUCCCUUAACCCUCAUACUCCUUUCCAAUUCCUCAAGCUUCCCGGUCACUUACCGGUUACCAAUCCCUUAAAGCCAAACACAAAAACCACAAAGAGAAAAAGAAAGUAAAAGAAAAAACAAACCCUUUUCUGUUCUUUCUCUCUUAUUCAGAAAUGGCUCUGCACAAGCUUGGCGCAGCACUCAUCGUAGUGUUUGCAGUCACUCUUGUAGCUCUACUCGCCGAGAUUUUCUGCGUGCUCCGUCGCCGGAGAAGAUUCCGGCGACAAAACCUCGCCGGAAAUUCGUUCUACAGCCCCUCCACCAAAGAGCUCCUCUACUUUUUCUGCUGGAAAAACCAGUCUCGCAUCGAACCCCAGGGAACCCCUCCUCCUCCUCCUCCUCCUCCUCCUCUUCCUAAUGCUUCGCCUCCGCCACAAAGCGAUGAAACGACGGAGGCCGAUGACGUUUUCAAGUGGCAAGAACUGUACGGGUCGUCGAGGCUCUUGUUCACGAUAAAGGAGGAAGAUAGAGAAGGUGUGGACUCUGAGAAUUGUUCUUCUUCUGAGAAAGCCGUUUCUACAAUGAAGGAAAAGCGCGCUGGGGUUGACACAAAGUCGUUUCAAGCUGCGGUGAUGAUUGAGGUUGUUGAUGAGGAAGCAACGACGCCGUUUUCGACUCCUUGUGCUUCGCCACCUUACUACACUCCUUUGGCUUCUCCAGAUCGUGGUGAGUCGGACAUGGUGCCCUUUGUUAGCAUAGUUAUGUAAACGGCGACGUUUGAAUACUUUUUGGUAUACUUUGGCCAAUGGAACUUAUUGAACAGUUUUGUAAAGUAAAUUCAAUUCGUAAGUAGAAGAAGAAGAAGAAG